GCGUUUCUGAUUCUACUUGCGAUUUCCCUAGUUAAUACUUUGUAGGCAACGGACAGAAAGCUGAUCAGUCCAUAAUUUUUCACGUCUUUGGCGUCCCCUUUCUUAUGGAUUAGAAUUAUGUAAGCGUUCUUCCAAGAUUCCUGUACGCACGAGGUCAUGAGGCAUUGCGUAUACAGGGCGGCCAGUUUUUCUAGAACAAUCUGGCCUUCAUUCUUCAACAUAUCUGCUGUUACCUGAUCCUCCCCGGCUGCCUUCCCCUUCUUCAUAGCUCCCAAUGCUUUCUUUACAUUGACAUAUGUGGUGUAAAGUAAUUAAUUGAAAAAUUAACUAUCCUAAAUACGUUAAUGAUUCAACCGAACAUUUUCAUUUCUAGUAGUAGUAACGGCCGCUUUAUCGAGUAAUUUAGGUCAAAGGUUAUCAAUUGUGCUAUUUGCCAUAGGCUAUUAUAAAAAAAUUUGGUGUAGCUAAAUAAACAUCCACCAUGUGUGUGUAUCUAACCACUCACUCCAACUAAGGUGACUAGUUGUGUCUCCCUCUUCAAUGAAACUUCAAUACCAAUUUGGGUAACCGGAUAUUUAACAAUGUGUCUCUCCAAAUCCUCCACGAAAAAAAAAAAGAUUUCAAAUGUAUCUAAUGCUAGACGGAGUCGGAACUUCCUAGGCUGUGCAGAAUCAACGGACCGCAUUCGGAAGUUUAAUUGUGUGGUGCCAUGAAAUGGUUACGCAUGGGCCGCUCUUCCAAUUGUCCUCUUUAAGGGUUCCUGUAGAAAUCUAUAUAUGUACUUUAUUCUAUACAUAUUCUAUAGACCUGCUGCUAAUUCUGCUUUUUAAUGGCUGGCUACUGAUAACAUAUUCGGUGGAAUUGUAGCAAUCUGCGUGGUUAUCUCGUGUUGCAGGAGCGCUAACCCAAUUAUGCUGUGAAAUGAGACGUGACUUGUUCGACAUGUUUUCUGCUACCAGGCCGUGUACCUGCACCUGAAACUGAAGAGCUCAGCAACAAGGCCUUCCUACUACGUGUUGGGCUUGUCUCUGGACACACCGAGUGACUAUUCCGUUGUGGGUUUGAUGAAGACAGUCUUCACCCCAUCGUUUUUCAUUUCCAUCGCGCACCUCUCCUACUCGGUCAGCAGUUUCUCAGACUGCCGGAUAUUCCCUGUUGCUAUGGACACGCUACCUCCAGGCCUUGUCCGAGGGAGAGACUACAGUUACGGGCACACUGUGAACGAAAGCAUCGAAGUCCUUAGGGAAGUUCAGAAGCUGAACCUCUCCAUUCCCGUUGCAUUAUCGUUCGGGAUGAAAGGAAUGUACUACGCUCCCAAGUUUGCCGAUCCGUCGUCACCGAAAGACGACGAGUUCGCGCUGUUUAAACCGUGCCAGGAUUUUGCUUCUGAUAAGUUCGACGACCCUAAGGAGGUGUGCCGUAACGGCAGCUGGGUAGCACCGAAGUACUUGCCUACAUAUGCCCACAACUUGGCGGCGAAGAAGAUGAUCACCUACCUAACCGAGACAGCUGUAGCUAGACUGGUAUGUGAUGCUAAGGUCUUCAGCCUGAAACUAAACUACGGCCUUGCUGCCUACGACAUAGACUACGAUGUACGUCAAACAUGCCUGGCUUUCGGCUUUGCAACAUCACUUGGACGGCCUUCUCAACUGAACCGGGUCCUUAAUAUGCGCCAAGUGAUGGAUUUUUUGCGUACGAACUACACCAGUGCGACAGACAACUUCAACUGCUUAGCGGUUUCGGAUCCUUUAAGCUCCCUGAUUGGUCGUUAAACUUCAGUGAAGGCCGUCCAUAUGGGUUUUUCCCUGAAGUCGUCGUGGCUGCUGCAUUGUCAAGCAAACUUCUACAAAAAUAAAAGA